AAGCUGUCAUUCUAAUCAUAACUGCCAUUCCGUCUCGAUUUGUGAUGACAUUACCAAUAAAAUUUUGAUAAUCUCAUUAUAUACAUUUUGUCAUAAGCUAUAAAUUUUUAUCGUUAUUUUGAAAAUGGACGGCGGACAAUAUUAAUUUAUACAUGUAUAUGUUUACAAAUAUUUUAUUUGACGUCCUGAGUAGACAGACGUAUUGGAAACCAUGUCUUUUAUAACCAAACGGGAACGUGUGUUCAAUGAAUAUGACUUGUUCGACUUACCAGCGAGGAACGAAGGCAAACUGAAGGCUUAUUCGUCAUGUACUGACGCGAGAGCCUGGUCGCACUUUUGUUCGGACAAAACUGAACACUUGGUAGAAAUAAUAAAAAGGAACAAUGACACGUGUCGACCGAAGUAUAUACCAACUAACGUCAUAGUCGACACACUUAUGGUAACGAAGAACACAGAAAUAGCGCGACUCAAGCGUAAAAUUGAAGAGUUUGAACAAAUGUUGGCGGCGUACGAUCAACUGGAGCUAUCGUGUGAUCAAAAAUGUGAAAUUGCGAAUGCUCACGCCGCUAUAAGAGCAGCCAACAAAGAACUAGAUGACUUGUGCUUGGACCUGGACUUGUCUGGCUUUACCGAGGGGAUUGAUUCGGAAGCUUUUGAGACGGGCAAAUCAAGAGGAGACGAGCCGUCUAAAUAUAGGAUUGAUGAGACCGUAAGUUCCAGAGGAACAGAAGAGUGGCUUGACGAAAGGGAUCAUCACAUGAAAAAAAUGGAAACAAAAAGUAAUCAGAUGGGAAUGUCGUCUCCACGUGAUGCUAGUACAUCUGCUCGGGAUCCACGAAUCGAAGAAAUGAAAGAUACUAUUAUUGUUAAAGACGCCAAGUUAAACGCUAUGCAAAAUACUAUAGCGGUGAUGGAAAACGAUGUGUGCGAACCUUAUUGCAUUUAUGCUCAUAUUUACACGGCGUUAGAAAAAAUAUUUGGUACUUUGUGCCAAAAUGACAAAUAUAAGGAGUAUUUGAAUUUGCUGACCGCUGGAAGAGAUACUCGUUCUAUUGACAUCAAAGGGAAGAUACUUUUCAAACUAAAGGUUCUCGAGAAAUUUAGUUUGGCUUUAAUCGCUCCUUGUUCUCAAGAUUUCGCUCCAGCAGAUUGUUCAUGUUAUCGAGCUGAAUUAGUUACGCAUGUAGAAACUACAUUCGCACUUACAUCAGCUGAAACAAGAAUACCAAGUAUGGAUAACAAAAGAGCCCAACUGGUAGCAGACAUAAUGGAAAACGACGAAAUGAGAGAAAUACUCAAUAAAGAGAGCGGACCUCUCAAAGAUGAUAUUCAAUUAGACGUCGAUUUUUGUACCGAUAGCUACACGAUCGAUGGGGAAAAUUUAAAACGUUUGAAAAAUUUACAAAUUAAUUAUGAUGAUUUGAUGACUUGUUACGAAGCUUUGAAACACGAAAAAAAUUGCUUACAAGUAAAAUGUCAUAAGUACGAAGGUUUAGAGAAAGAACUUGAAAAUUUACGUUGCCAAUUACGAGAAUAUAAUUCUUUAUGGAAUGAAAAAGAACACCAUCGAAAACGGUCCACAGAUCUUGACACUUUGAAAGAAAAAUACUUAGUUCUAUCUGAUGAAGCUUCUAAUUUGGAGACACAACUGAAGGCUGAAACAGAAAUCAACAAAUUAAAAUCUAAAGCAAUUGAUGAGUUGAGGAACGAUAACAUUUUGUUGGAAAAGAAAUUAAAUGAUACUAUUAUAUCAUUCGAAAGAGAGAAAAAUGCUUUGCAAUGUAAAUUAAAAGAAACUGAAUGCAAAGUGAUGUGUCAAGAGCAACAGAUAAAAAGCUUGUCUAUACAAAUAGACCAACUUCUUGAACAAGAUCAUGAUAAGGUUUCCUUAUUCCAUCCUGACUCUAAAGACAUAGGACUUAUCGAUCAAAAUGAAGCUUUCAAAGAACAGAUAAAGAAUCUGAAAGAUGCACUUUUUUGUAAUGAGGAGGAAAAACAGAAUUUACAAGAAGAAUUUCAAGACAAACUCAAGAUUAUUAAUGAUUUACGAAUGGAGAUUGAAGACUGGAAAAGUACAUACGAAAAAGUUCUUCAACGUAAUAAUUAUCUUGAGAACUAUACAGAAACAUUCAAAGACGAAGCUCAAAGACUUAUGGAGGAAAAUAGAAAUUUGACACAAGAUAUUGUUAUUAAUAAUAAAUCACAAAAUAUAAAUAAUUUAUUGGAAGAAAUUGAACAUAGAGAUUCGGAUAAUAACAAUCUUCAAAAGGAAUUACAAGACCUUCGUGCGAAAUGUAAAAGCAGUACAGAUAUAUUAGUAAGAGAAAAAAUGGAGACUAUGAGUUCUCUGCAACUUGCAAGACAAGAAAGUCAAGAGUUAUUGAAAAAAAUAAAAGAUUAUGACGACGUUAUACACAAAAACGAUGACAUAUCUAAAGCUCUUGAGGCACAAGUCGAAGAUUAUAAUAAAUUGAAGGAGAUGCUAUUGAAUACUAUAGAAGAAAAUAAGAACCUUCAAAUAAAUUUAGCCAGUCGUGAAAAUAAUAAUUCUAUUUUAUUAAAAGAAAUUCAGAGGCUUCGUGAAGUGAAUGAGAAUUCUUUAAAUAAUAUUAACAUUUUAGAAGAAGAAAAAAUCAAUAUAAAAAAACAAAACGAUAAUCUGAUUAAAGUAUCAGAAAAUGAAGUUGUUUUAGAAAAGCAACUAACAGAGUUGAAAAAAGCAUAUAGUGAUUUACAAUCCGACAAAAAUAUAUUACAAAAUGAUUUUCAAAGCAAAACCGAAGAACUAAAUAAUUUAUAUAAUGCACUUGAAAAUAAAAUUGAAGAAAACAGAAGACUAGAUAAUAAAAUAAAGAUUUUAGAACUUCAUCAGUUGUCAACCGCGAAUAAUAUGAAAACUUUAGAAUCUGAAAAACGUGCCGUUCAAAACAACUUAGAAGCAAUUAAAAAAGAAAGCUCAGAAUUAAUCGAUAAAAUAAAACAAUACGAAAAUUUACAUACAGAACUUGAACAACUGAAAAAAGAACACACUGCUUUGCAAAAAGAAAAGGAAGAGUUACAAAAAGAGUUAAAUAACAAUUCAAAUAAUCUUAAGAAGUUAUCGCAGGAAAAUAUUGAAUUACAAAGUCAAAGUCAAACUUUACUUAGGCAUAGUGAAAACCUAGAAAAGGCCCUAAUAAACGCCAGAACACAGGAUGUUAUAAAGCCGGAAAACAUACAAAAGGGAUAUAAUGAUAUGUUAGCGGAAAUUGACGAUAUGAAAAAAGAAAAAAGCCGAAGUGUGAAUAAAAUUCGUGAACUGUUAGAUAGACUAGAUAAAUCGGAGGAUAUUAUAGCAAGCCUUAGUGAAGAUUUACUGGCUCGUGAAGACAGAAUUGCAAUGUUGGAAAAUCAUAUUAAUGAACUAGAAGAAGAAGUAAAGAAAUUACACGAUUGUUUAGAUGAAGUAGUAAACACUGGCGAACAAAUUAAACAGCACAGCUAUGAAAAGAUUGACCAGUCUCUAAAAAGAAUGGAAGCGCACCACUCAAAAGCAACACAUAAUAUGAAAAUGGAGCUGGUCAAACUUCAAAAUAAAAAUAUGAAAUUACAAGAACAACUAUCGGCGACACAGUUAAAGACUGAAGAAACAUUAAUUGGCCAAAAUAAAUACAUAUCUCAAAUUAAUUAUUUACAAAAUGAGAGAGAAAUCAUCGUCGAUGACAUUAGACAAUUAGAACUUAACAAUGUCGGUGAUAGCGCCUUAUCACCAACUAAUUGUAAUUUAAGUGAUAUUCGAAAUUCACUAAAUCGUAUUAGUAAAUACAUAGAUGCAAAGUGUUCAAAAAGUACUUCAUUAGAACAGACAUUACUUAAAAUGCAAACAUCAUCGCAAUUACUACUUAGUAAAGCUGAUGAAGCGAAAAAUAGUCGAAAUAGAAAAACAAAAAUAAUAAACGAGAAAGAAGAUGCUAUAAGAGAUAGAGUUAAUAUGGAAAAUCAACUUGAAAAUCUUAAAAAAACACUCGAGCAAAAAAUUUCUCGUGAUCAGAAUGUAAUAACUGACUUACAAGCAGAAAUAUUAAAUAAAGACCUGAUUAUCAAAAAAAUAAACGAAACAACACAAACCUACAUAUCUAAACUUGAAACUGAAAUGCAAUCUCUACAAGAGCUUUAUAAAAAUUCUACAGAAAAAAUAACCGAGUUGCAAGAAAAGUUAAUUAAUAUGUCUAAAGAUAAAAAUAACGAUGUGGAAGUAAUGAAAAAAUGUAAAAUUGCAUUAGAAAAGAAAUCUCAGGAAAUUUCAGAUUUACAAAACGAGCUACAAAUUUUGAAAAACAAAUCACUAACAAAUAUAGGAGUUCAAACAGUAUAUAAUCAAUCCCGAAAAAAUAUAGCAUCGCAAACUGAAGCCUCGUUAGCUUACACAGAGUAUGAAAGAUCAGGAAUUAAAGAUAAAAUUAUGGAUGACGUAGAUAAAGAAAGAAGUAAACAUUCACUGAUUGUUUUAGAAAAAACAAAGCUUCCUAAACAAAUACCCCCACCUGUUAAUGAGGUUCAAGUUUUGACUGCAAACAUCGAACCCACGUUUGAUUACGUGAAAAGUAGCUAUUUAAACUAUAAAAUGAAAAGACUUACUCAAGGUCGUUUAGAACAAUGUUCUAUUUCAAGUCUAUGGGAUAAAUCGGAGAAUGAAUUUACUCCCCCGAGUGACCUAAGCACACAAAUAUUUAGCCGUUCUGCUGAGAAAAUACCCAAUAAUCUCAUAAGUAACUAUGACUCUCCAACGACCCACACUAAUUUGAUAGAUAUUUACAAUAGACAAUCAAUGCAAACUAACUCUUCAAAACUUAUGGGAAACGAAAUAUACAGCGAUGCCCACAAAACGGUUAAACCAAGUAUAUUAAGCGAAUUUUCCAUAAAUAGGAAAGAUGGUGAGGCUAAAAAUAAAAUAACUAAACGACUAAAGACUAGUGGUAUUGUUGCAGAAUCUACUUCAAACAAAUCUACCGAUAAAGAUUUGUUUGUAAUUUAUCGAGAUAGUGAAAGCAGUAUAACCCCAAGAAUGUCAGGUAGAAGAGGUUCUACAGAUAAGAAAGGUCGUUCUGAACUAUUAGUGGAGGCAGUUACUGUUCAUCCUGCUGAAGGAAAAAUGUAUGAAGCACAAAACAAAAAUUAUAUGCAAAGUGAUUCUUUAAUGUACGAUGAUAAUGAAUAUGAAGAUGAUAGUGUUAAGUACAAAUUAAAUAUAAAUUUACCAAGGGUACAAAAUGAUAGUCCUUCGGUUAUCGCAUCUUCAGAAGAUGAUAAAAAAUCAUUGGAUUCAUACAAUUUGGGCAUUUACCCUUCACCCAGAAUAGUAUCAAGUUCUACUAUGAAUUUUAAAAACGAGUCUGAAAAUAUUUUAGAUACUCCAUCUUUGCCUACAAUACCUAACGAUAAGGGUCUGAAUUCAGAGUCUGAAGUUUUCCAGCCCGAAUUAUCUGAUAAUGGAACAUUAGGACUACCCACGAAGAAACAAGCGAAGAUACUUUACAAUAAUAUUACUAAACUUCAAGACAAACGUCAAAAUAGCAUUAAUUUAGGUAUUCAAAAGAUAGGUAACGAAUCUAACUCACGACGAUUAAAAAGAGAGCGUAUCGCCUAUAGACUCUCUCGCGUUGGAGCUGAUGUAUUGCUCAUUAAAACUGAUAAUGAUUAUAAAACUUCGGAAAAUGAAAACAACGUUGUUAAAGAGCUACGGCGUGAAAAUUUCGGACUAAACUAUAUUUUAAAUUCUGUACAACGGGAAAUAAAUCCUAUAAACCAUAUGAGCACUAGCAAUAUCACCAAAGCCGUGCGCAAAAUUCGAAGUGAAGAAGGAUGUAACCCAAUACAGUCCCAACAAGACAAUCUUUCGAUUCUAUCAAAGUUUGGUGAUUCUAUUAACAUGCAUACAGAAAAGAAAGCAGAUUUCAGUAUUUGUUGUAGUAAUGACAGUGUUUCAUCAAAAACUUUAGUAGACCAAGGUGUAAUGGUUGAUUUUAAUCAAGAAUACGAAAAGAAAAUACAGUACUUAAGUAAUGCAUUGAAAAACGCCGAGAAAGAUUUUAAGACAAAAAUUAGCGCAAUAAAAAUGCAAUAUGAUAGUAAUAUAAAAAACAUUAUGAAUGAACACAAUGAAGGUGUUAAAAGUAUACAAAACCUCCACGAAGAAACUUUACACGACGUAUUAAAAGAUCAUGAAAAUGAAGUAGAAAAUCUAAGAAGUAUGAGUAUAGAAGCUAUGCGCAAAGUAGAGAAAUUAGAGAAAGAAAAUCGCUUACUGAAAUCGAAAAUUCGGGAUUGUAGCCCAGUUUGUUUAGACGAGGAGCCAGUCAAGAUGUCAAUCGGCGAAGUAAAACGUCGCCGAAGGUCUCGCGACGUUAAAUUAUUGACGAAAACUAACGUUCAAGCAAUCAACGUGAAACCAAGAACAAAGUCGCACGGUCCAUGCACCUGUUCCCCAGAUUUGAACCUGACAGACACUAUUCGCCACAUAUUCGAACAAGUCGAUGUGGAACAAAGAAAAGUGGCUGAGCAUACGUAUAUGAAGUACAUUGCUAAUAAGAUUUUGAACGAAAAUGUUGAGGCACUCGACGCUCAAGAGCUAUCGUUUCUACAUCUAAAAGUGUGCCGUAUAUGGAAAUUAAAAUUAACCAAAGAAGAAGCUCUGCAAAAGCGAAUAGAUUCUUUAGAGAACGAACUAUUAACUAAACGUCACGCUCAACAACUGUCAAAGUUAGAUCGUGAUGUGGCAGAGGAGCGAAAGCACCUUCAAGAGCUGCGUGACGCCGUGUGCCGCAACACGGAACCCAACCCGCAAGCCGGUGCUCCUGCGCCGAAUAAACGGAGUCCAUCGUCAGCAUUCCCUUCCACGGCCGCCGAAAGAGACCUAAUCUGUAAUUGCCUAUCCGGAGCUUGCGGCCUUGAAAUGGGUGAGAGAAGAUCGGCCGGAGACUUACUUCCGGCUUCACAAAGCAAUCGCUUUAAACGGUCAAAGACAGAAAGCAACAGAGCGGUAUUGGCGAAACUAGAUAUUGAGGAACAUCGAGAAAGGAAAUUGUACACCGAAGAGCCCCCGACGCGCUUGCGCAAGUCGCACGACCGACACCUGCCGCGGACUCCAAAGAAAUAA